CGUCGAUUUAACACGGAACCAUAAUUCAGGCUUUACACACGAGGCGUGAACUGCAGCUAAAUGGCGACGAUGCUUCUCCAGGACGGGUCGACCCAGCUCCUGUGCCUCACGGCCAGCAGCGGGGUCCCCCUCUUCACCAGGGGGGGCUCCAGACAGCUCCCCUUCUCCGUCAUCGGCUCAUUGAACGGGGUGCACAUGUUCGGCGGAGGCCAGGGGGCUGUGUUGUCCUGCUGUGAGACUGAGGGCGGGGGCACGGUGGUGUGGAGAGUGUUUCAGGACAGUGUGAUGCUCAUUGCUGUCAGUGCAUGUGCACGCAGGGAGCCCUGCAGCAGCAGCAGCAGCAGCAGGGAGGUGCAAACCCGUCUAACACGCCUCCUGGAGAAUGUGUGGAACUGCAUGGUGCUGGUGUUGGGCCAGGACGAGCUGGCUAAUGUCAGAAAUGUGGAAAGGUUGAAGAAGGACUUGCGAUCCUGCUUCAGGCUCAUAGAUGAGUUGCUUGAAGAGCAGCAUGAGGGUAUCCUUGGAAACCUCACACACUGCGCUGAUUCGCUGCUGCCUCCCAACCCAAGUCUUCUUCAAGAGGCCGUGGAUGGAUUUGCUCAGGCUGCAGACAGUGAGUUUGGUUGCCUCAUGAUCCACGGGCGGAUAGCCGCAGCCACUGAGAAGUGGUGGCGCCUGGCUCCACAGGAAAUUGUCCUGCUUUCUACUUUGAUACGCUGCCUCUCUGCUUCGGGAUCCUCCUCUUGUGACUACCCGGUUUUCCUUCCUCAGGGCAGUCCCACGGUGGCCCAUCGCCUCCUCCGCUUCCAGCUGCUCCCCGGAGCAGAUGUGUGUGUGUUGUGCAGUCCCACUCCUUCCCUGCACAGAGCUGAGACUGAGCUGGUCGGUCGUCUCUGGUCACCCCUGGUGGAGACCCUGAGAGACUGCCUGGAUGUUGGAGAGCGCUGCAUACCCAGAUCUGUAUCCCUGCGGCCUGAUGUGUUGGCACUCCUUCUUAUCAACCGUGAAACUCGUCGUUCAGUAUCCUGUGUGAUGACCUCCACUCAUCGUUCACUUGGUGAGCCUUUACCGUCCAAGGCCCGCUGUUGGGAAUUGCUGAGGCUCUUCUACAUCUUCACCGUAUCACACUACUUCCCCCAGGAGGAGGCCCCGUGUGUCUCCCCAGAAGACGGGGCUCAGAGGGCCGUCAGCGAAGGCUUCCUCCUGGGAUUCUCCCACCAACCUCAACACUGCUAUUUAGUUACAGACGAAUGCAAAAGCUAUGGACUUCAGACAUCACAGCACCAGCUCUUUCUGCUUAUAUCACUAUCUGUACCUACCAUUGCACUACGUACAGUGGCCACGCAGACUCUUUCUGAUAUACUUACAGCAACUAAGUUUUGAUAGAACUGAGCAGAUUCUUAAAGCAUCAUCAUCAUUAUUGUUAAAUCCACAUGGUUAGAUCUAAUAAUCAUAUUUCAGCCCAAGAAGAAAGAUAGUCACUUAAAUAUGAACUUACAGGGUACCGGUAUGCUUGAUUUUUUUUUUUCUUUCUUUAUUAUUGACUCAUGUUAACAAACUAUCAAAUCUACAAAUCUAUAUUUUUUUAAACAAUGAUCAGAUCACCAUUGGUAAAAUAAUUAAAAUUACAAGUAGUCUUGCAGUGUCUACUUAAAUGUAUUUGUAUUGCUGAUGAAGAUAUCAAAACAAUUGAAAAUGUUGCACUAAGUGCCUUGACAUUCUUUGGUAUUUAAGAGAUAAGAUCCAAAUGUUCUCAGGCUGCUUGAAAUGUAGUGAAAUGUAAUUGUUCUAUUUAGAUUGCACUGCAACAGUGUAUCUAGAAUUUACUGGAGAAAUGUGAAGCUGUUACACUGGGUUUAAUAAAUGCUUGCUGUCUCUUGUUUUG